AUGUCGCACGCACGCAUUGAAGAGGUCUCCGACAGCGACUUGUCAGACCCGUCCGAGGGCGAUAUUGACGACUUUGUCGAUUCUGAUAUUCUGCGCGCCGUCGCCCCCAAAGCCGCCCCCCAGCAACAACAGCGGCCUCCUCCGCAACAACAGCAGGCCCAGCCCAACAACCUCUUCCCCGGCACCACGACGCCCGGCCCGGGCAUCCAGCAGUCCGACGUUGCCGGCUACCAGUGCCUGUACCCCAUCUAUUUCGAUGCGUCAAGGACCCGUGCCGAGGGCCGCCGCGUGCCCGCCCACCUGGCCGUCGAGAACCCCCUGGCGCGCGAGAUCGCCACGGCCUGCGCGGCCCUGCGCGUGAGCCCCGUCUUUGAGGCCAUGAAGACGCACCCGCAGGACUGGGCGAACCCCGGCCGCGUCCGCGUCAACAUCAAGGACCCCAACAACCCCUACCUCAAGGACAUCAAGAACAAGCACCACUUGUACAUUCUCGUGGCCGAGCACCUGCGCAAGAACCCCACGGGCGAGCGCUCCGCCGGCCUGCGCAACGUCCGCAUUCCCGGUCUGCCGGGACACCCCAAGGACGACGAGAAGUGGCCCAAGCCCGCCGUGCCCAAGUCAUGGAAGAUCAACGAAUACGUCCCCGCCUACAGCAGCGCCAUGACCGGCGGCGGUGUCAGCGAGAAUGCCCUGCGCGACAUGAUGAGGGAGAUGGGCGGUGCUCCUGGCGGCCCUGGCGGCAUGGGCGGCAUGGCUGACAUGAUGAACAUGUUGGGUGGAAUGGGUGGCAUGGGCGGCCCCGGUCCGAGCGGAAGUGCCGGUCAGCUGGAAGAGGGAGGAAAGAAGGAUAAGAAGAAGGGCAAGAAAUAA